AUGAAUGAAUUACAUCGUACGACCGUUUUGACUAGAAGAAGAUCUGCUGCUGAUGAAACAGAAGCUACCACCAAAAUGAACUUUUCGUCAUUGUGCAACGGACUGAAAUCCCAUUUAUCGAUCCGUGUUUCACCAUAUGUUGAACGGGUUUCCGGUGGUCCUCAUACCGAGACUGAAAGAGAACGGUGGGGAGAUGUUGCUGUUCAAUUUGCCGAAGUGUUAAUGCUUUGUCAUAUCAGUCAAGGUGGUUUAUUUGUCAAGGAUCUGACUUUUUCUGUUUGGAAAACGUUUGGCGUCAACGUUCUGGAAUUAUUUAAUGAAUCUACAUAUAUCAAAUAA